AUGUCGGCUCCCACUCAAGAUCUCAUCAACGAGCGUCCCAGCACCUCAGCUGGCGGCAGUAGCCCUGUCUCCGCUGCCUCGCCCGCCUCUCCCGGUGCUGCUCCCGAGUACCACUCACCUGCCUUCCAUCCUCCUCACUCGCACGCCGACAUCGAGCAGGAAGCCCACGAGGUCAACCCCCAUCACCACGUCCGCAUCACCAACAACUACGAACAGGCCUUGAGGGAUCGUGCCGCUGCUACCGGUAAGCAGGAGCACAAGGACGCCAUCGCUCAAGCCUACAGCAGCGGAUGCGGUGCCGAUGCUCCUCCUGCCACCCACCCAGGAAGACAGCAGAGCUUCAAGAUGAGCGACCAGAAGAGAGCCGCCAUGGAGCACAUCUUCAGCGGUCACCCCAAGUCUUCUGGCUACACCACUUCCGCCAAGAAGUAG